AUGAGGAUGGGGAUUCUUCUGCUGUGCCUUGUGAUAUCUAUGCAGGCGCUCAUCGGCACCGUCGCCGUCGGCUGUCGGCCACCGGCGAUGUACGUGUUCGGGUCGUCGAUACUGGACGUCGGCAACAACAACUACCUGCGGGGGGCAGCCGUCGGCACGGCCAACAGCCCCUACAACGGCGUCGACUUCCCGGGCUCCAUCCCCACCGGAAGGUUCAGCAACGGUUACAACAUCGCCGACUACGUCGCCAAGAACAUGGGAUUCGCGUGCAGCCCUCCUCCCUAUCUGUCGCUGGCACAUAGCUCAUCCGGCCCUCUGGUCCAGACCGCUCUCACCAGUGGUAUCAACUAUGCUUCUGGAGGAGCUGGGAUCCUUGACUCCACUAACGCCGGAAGCACCAUCCCGUUGUCGAAGGAGGUGAAGUACUUCGGCGCCACCAAGGCCAAGAUGGUCGCCGCAGCGGGGGCCAACACGGUGAACCCAGUGAUCUCUAGGUCCAUCUUCCUCAUCGGCAUGGGCAACAACGACCUGUACGUCUUCGCGGCUUCGGAGCGUGCGCGGAACAGGUCGGACGCAGAGCAGCGGAGGGACGCCGCCGCGCUCUACGCCAGCCUCAUCUCCAACUACUCCGCCGCCGUAACGGAGCUGUACUCGCUGGGCGCCAGGAAGUUCGCCGUCAUCAACGUCUGGAUGCUCGGAUGCGUGCCCGGGGAGCGGGUGCUCAGCCCGACGGGCGCGUGCUCGGACAUCCUCAACCAGGUCGUCGCCGGCUUCAACAAGUCCCUGGGGUCCCUGCUGGUCGACCUCGCCGCGAGGCUGCCGGGCCUCGUCUACUCCCUCGGCGACUCCUUCGGCUUCACAGAGGACGUCUUGGCGAACCCAGGGGCGUCAGGGUACACCGACGUCGCUAGCACGUGCUGCGGGGGCGGGCGGUUGGGCGCGGAGGCGUGGUGCACGCGCAACUCCACGCUCUGCGUCAACCGUGACCAGCAUGUCUUCUGGGACCGCAUCCAUCCGUCCCAGCGGACUGCAUUUCUCAUCGCCCGAGCGCUCUACGACGGACCGCCCAAGUACACCACUCCUAUCAACUUCAUGCAACUCGCCAGUCAAGUUAGUGAUACAUACGACUGCGAAUUAGGACUACUCUAA